GAAAAACAACUCAAACAACUCAUCCAACAAUCCUAGCAAUUCUUUAAACUAAGGAUGGCAUCACGCCGGAGCCGGAGAGUAGCCGGAGAAGCAGAGCUAGAGAUUUCGAUACCGAACCAUUUCCGGUGCCCGAUAUCAUUAGAGCUCAUGAAAGAUCCGGUUACAGUGUCCACAGGCAUCACAUAUGAUCGGCAAAGCAUAGAAAGAUGGAUGGACAUGGGUCACUCAAUGUGUCCGGUGACCAACCAGACCAUGCACACUGAUCAUGAGCUCAUUCCCAACCAUAUCAUUCGGAGAAGGAUCCAAGAUUGGUGUGUGGCUCAUAAGGCUCUUGGUAUUGAGAGAAUUCCAACUCCAAGGAUCCCGGUGUCUCCGGCCAUGGCCUCUCAGCUUCUCUCGGAGAUUGCUUCGAUUAGUCAGCUCGGAGAUGUUCAAAGAAAUCUUGAAUUGGUUAUGAGAGUUAAGGCUUUGGUGAAGGAGAGUGAGCGCAAUCGCCGGUGUUUCAUGUCAUCGGGUGCCGGCCGGGUGUUUGCUUGCUCCUUCAGUGAGUUUGCUAGUAAUACGUCGAAGUUCUCCGGUGUAUUGGAAGAGAUUUUAUCAGUGAUCACUGCAAUGGCACCAUUGGAUGAAGAUGCUUGCUGGCAUCUUAGCUCACCGGAAUCCAUGUCUUUCAUUGUAUAUAUGUUACAGUGUGGUGAUCUUGGCCGGAGACUUAAUGCAGUUGUAGCGGUGAAAGAGCUUGUAUCAAGAAGUAAGAAUGCUGUAGAGAUCGUGGCGGAGACCGAAGGAUUAGUCGAAGCAUUGGUUAAGCUUAUUAAAGAACCGAUAUCGCCUCAGACGACAAAGGCUUCACUUGUGGCUACUUACUAUUUGGUGUCCUCCGCUGAGAAGACGGCCGAGAGGUUUGUCGAAUUGGGGAUUGUUUCAUUGCUACUAGAAAUGCUUGUGGACUCGGAGAAGAGCAUGUCGGAGAAGGCUCUUGCGGUGUUGGAUUCGGUGUUAGUGUGCGAAAAGGCGAAGAAUGAUGCAUAUGAUAAUGCUCUUGCAUUGCCGGUGUUGGUGAAGAAGAUGUUUAGGAUCUCCGAUAUGGCGACGGAGUUUGCAGUUUCAGCAAUUUGGAAACUUUGCAAGAAAGGAGGAGAAGAGUGCUUGAUAGAGGCUCUGCAAGUUGGUGCAUUUCAGAAGCUCUUGUUGCUCUUGCAAGUAGGUUGCAGUGGUGAAACAAAGGAGAAGGCCACUCAGUUGCUUAAGCUUAUGAAUGGUUCUAAGAAGAAGUUGGAAUGCAUUGAUGUUAUGGAUUUUAGAGGAUUGAAGAGAUCUCUUUAAUUCAUCACAAACAUGAAUGAUGUUUUAUUUUCUUGUUUUUUUUAAAAGUGAUUUUUGUGUAGAUGAGUGUAUAAAAGAUGAAAUGUGAAAUUCAGAAAAAAGAGGAGUUCUCAUCA